GAAAUAAAGCUCAGGCAGCAAAAUAGCGCGCUGGCGCUUUGCUGGCACCCACGGGUGAUGAAAUCAGGAUAGGGGGCAGGUGGGACGGAUAAUGUAACCCCCCCAAACCCGGCGUGCGGCCCAGCCCUCGGUCGCGCCAUAUAAAAGACGCCAGCCGCGCCGCGCCCUUGCUAUCUUCAUCAGCUUUUUCCACUCUUCUUUAGCAAAAGAUUAGUUUCUCUCUCUCCCCUCCCCUCCCUCUCUCCUCCAAACAAGGUUUACCAAAUCAAACAAUGGGUGUUCUCGAUAUCGUCCCCGCUGGUGUCCUCACUGGUGACAACGUGAAGAAGCUCUUCGACUACGCCAAGGAGCACAAGUUCGCCAUCCCGGCCAUCAACUGCACAUCGUCGUCGACUGUCAACGCCGUCCUUGAGGCCGCUCGUGACCAGAAGACCCCCAUUAUCAUCCAGUUCUCGCAGGGCGGCUCCGCCUUCUACGCCGGCAAGGGUGUCUCGAACAAGGACCAGCAGGCCUCCAUUCUUGGUGCCAUCGCCGGUGCCUACCACGUCCGCGCCGUCGCCAAGCACUACGGUGUUCCUGUUCCUUUUGUAGUCGUUCUGCACUCGGACCACUGCGGCCGCCCUCUGCUGCCGUGGCUCGACGGCAUGCUUGCCGCCGACGAGGCCUACUUCAAGGAGCACAACGAGCCCCUGUUCUCGUCGCACAUGAUUGAUCUGUCGGCCGAGACCAAGGAGUUCAACAUCUCGACCACCGCCGAGUACUUCAAGCGCUGCGCGCCGAUGAAGCUCUGGCUGGAGAUGGAGAUCGGUAUCACCGGUGGCGAGGAGGACGGUGUCAGCCACGACACCUCUGACAAGUCGGCCCUGUACACUCCCUCGGAGGACGUCUACGAGGUCUACCAGGCGCUGUCGCCCAUCGCCCCGUACUUCUCGAUCGCCGCCGCCUUCGGUAACGUGCACGGCGUGUACAAGCCCGGCAACGUCGUUCUGUCGCCGCAGCUGCUGGCCGGCCACCAGAAGUACGUCAAGGAGCAGAUCAACUCCGAGUCGGACUACCCUCUGUACCUGGUCUUCCACGGUGGAUCGGGCUCGACCGAGGACGAGAUAAAGGAGGCCGUCUCCAACGGUGUCGUCAAGAUGAACGUCGACACUGACACCCAGUUCGCCUACCUCGAGGGCGUCCGCAACUUCGUUCAGGAGAAGAAGGACUACCUCGCGAGCCAGGUCGGUAACCCCACUGGCGAGGAUUCGCCCAACAAGAAGUACUACGACCCGCGUGUCUGGAUCCGCGAGGGCGAGAAGACCAUGUACUCCCGCGUCCAGAAGGCCAACGCCGACCUGGGCAACGUCAACACCCUCUAAGUUUUCCUCUAGUAUCUUGACUGGCUCUACUUCCCCAACAAUUACUACUCGUCUGUAAAGAAGCCAUGCCUCCCCUACUCCUGUGUUGCGGCGGUGCUGUCCGCGAAUCUUCCUGCGCUUAUCGUCGUGGCAUGCCUGUCCCCAAUUCUUCUCCGGUGUCGCCCGAUCACAAAGGGCUCCAGAUUCCCACACCAUUGUGUCGCUGGGCACGGUCCACCACAUGAAAACCGCGCAAAUUGAGAGAAAAAUUCCGACUGAUAGGACCGUGACGGCUUCCUGCAAAGACACGGGAUCGCCGACGUUUCCAUAUACAAGAAUUAGCGAGGGGCUCGGACGUCGGGUGUUUCGAGUGUGCCACGGGGGCAGCAGCACCUUCUACAGAGGAGGACUGCUAUUGUGCAUGCGUGCCGAUCCCACAUAGGGUCAGAACCGGGUCGAGCAACUUGCCGCGGGGGCUGUGAGGCUUG